UGAGAUGUCAUGCAAGUCGUUCAGUGUGGGACUAUAGAGGACAGUGAUGAGCCUGUAAAUUAAAAACACGUUUACUGUGUCUGGGCUUUGGUGGUCCAGGAUCCCCGGGUAUGUGCCGUGUCGUAUUAACCUAGACAUUUCCAAUAAUAUAAUGGUAAAUUAAAGGUAAGUAUACUUUCAACCUGUUAUCAUUAGGCAACCACCAAAACAAAAAUAAAGUUGUUUUUUUUACAAAAAAACUGAUUUAUGCACAUGUCCACAUAGUUAAUAGUCUUAUAUUUAAGGUGUUUUAUAUUUUAGAGAUAUUGUAAAGAUGUAUGUAUAAUUCUUGGUAACUUUGGCCAACAUGUGCCCACUAACUCUCCUCUUAAUUGCAGAGGGUGUGAAGGUGUAGUGGACUUGGUUGAGGAGAGGCGCUGCAGACUUUUGGCCGAGCUUCUGGAGUCAUUUAGGAGCACCAAUAAACGACCCACUGGAUACUGAGAGAUCCUGGAGGCAGUAAAGUGUCCCCCCUGUCCAGAGGGUGAUGCAACCAGAGGAGGGGGAGACAGGAUCAUCCGGCUGCUGCCAACAGAAAGAAACUGAUGCUGCCUGCAAUCUGAAGUUGUUUAAUGAGCGAACUGUUAGCGCCUACAAAUGACGAGGCAUCGGACAUUUAUCAACGUAUCAAACAGAAACAUUAGGAGAACCUCAGAGUGAGCUGUAAAUGUAUCGGCGUCACAGAGCUCAGUAUGAAGAAGUCGGUCCGGCCAGCGGUGAGUAAGGUGAGCGGAGAUCGAGGGAAGGCGGAGGCCACGGCGACGUCUGGGACCGGAAAGCCUGCAGCCAAGACCAGCACUACUGCACCGCUGUCUAAGGUGAAAAGCAAUGAUGAUCUUUUAGCAGCUAUGGCCGGAGGUUCAAGUAAUGCCGUCAACAAGACCAAGAGGACGGCCUCCACCGGGACUAAUGCUAGCAACCUAGACAGCAAGCCAAAGACAACGUCGGGUGCUUCAUCCAAGCGGACAACCACAUCGAUUUCCAAGGAGCCAAAUUCGUCACGAGACCGUCUUCGGACAUCCAGGACCUCCGCCAAUAAGAAGCAGUUGGUCUCCGGGACUGCAGCGGGCGACACAGCCUCGGGGAAGCGCUCUCGUGGCCAGCUCCUGCCAGAGCCUGAUGGCCGUAUGAGCAAGUCUAAAUCAGACGGCCAGAUCAGUGAUAAGGUGGCUCUGGAGACCAAAGUGAAAGACCUGUUGGGUUUGGCGAAAAGCAAAGAUGUGGAGAUCCUCCACCUUCGCAGCGAGCUGAGGGGCAUGAGGGCCCAGCUUGGCUUGGGAGGGAAGGAAGCGCCGCAGCAGGAAGAAGCUGAAGAGGAGGAGGAGGAGGAAGAGGAGGAGGAGGAGGUGGUGGAGAAGCCCCCGGUUUCAGCCAUCACAGCAGCUGAUGUGGAGUCCACUCUGAUUCUCUUACAAGAGCAGAACCAGGCCAUCCGAGUGGAGCUCAACCUGCUGAAGAGUGAGAACCGGAUGCUGAAAGACCGGCUCAAUGCACUGGGCUUCUCUCUGGAGCAGAGGCUGGAUGCGUCCGACAAGCUAUUCAACUACGCCUCACUGAGCCCGGACCUGGCCGUGGGCAGCGGGCAGAGUGAUGGCAGAGGAACGGGUACGCUGACCUCCUCGGUGGAAGGCUCGGCCCCCGGCUCCCUGGAGGACCUGCUCACGGGACACCAGCACGGAGGCUCAGCGGACAACCUCGACAGUGAAUCUAGCGAGGUCUACCAGGCCGUCACCUCCAGCGACGACGCCCUGGACGCCCCCUCAGGAGCCUCCUCGUCAUCCGAAUCGGAGUGCGCGCCCAGCAGGGAGCGCUCGCGGAGGGGCAGCAGUGACAAUGCCAGCGAGGUGUCAGUGGCGUGUCUGACGGAGCGCAUCCACCAGAUGGAGGAGAACCAGCACUGCACCGCCGAGGAGCUCCAGGCCACGCUGCAGGAGCUGGCCGACUUGCAACAGAUCACCCAGGAGCUGAACGGAGAGAACGAGCGGCUCGGCGAAGAGAAGGUGAUCCUCAUGGACUCCCUGUGCCAGCAGAGCGACAAGCUGGAGCUGUACGGUCGACAGAUCGAGUACCUGCGCUCCCUGCUGGAUGACCAUCACAUAUCGUACGGACUAGAGGAGGACAUCAAGAGCGGCCGCUACAUGGAGCUGGAGCAGCGCUACGGAGACCUGGCAGACAACGCCCGCUUUGAGAGAGAACAGCUGCUUGGGGUUCAACAACACCUGUCUAACACUCUGAAGAUGGCUGAACAGGACAACGCCGAGGCCCAGGAGAUGAUCGGAGCGUUGAAAGAGCGGAACCACCAGAUGGAGCGCAUCAUGGAGUCCGAGAGACAGGGUCGGGCCGCCAUGGGGGCCGCUCUAGAAGAGUACAAGGCCGCGGUGAGCAGUGACCAGGCGGAGCUGAACCGCUGCAGAAACCAGCUGGACCAGGAGAGGCAGAGGGUGGCCGAGCUGUACUCCCUUCACACGGCCGGGGAUAAAAAUGACAUCUGCCAACUGCUGGAAGGAGUGCGUCAGGGGAAAGAAGAGGCGGAGGCCAAGGCGGCGAAGUUGCAGGAGGAGCUGAAACAAGCCCACAGCGAACUCACCCGGCUGCAGGAGACUUUCAGUAAGCUGGACAGGGAUUACAGACACUUCCAGGAGCAGGUGCAGCAGCAGAUGGCCGAGCAGGAGCGCGUGCUGGAGAAGCAGCGCGUGGAGCUGCAGGAGAAGGAGACCGAGAUCGCAGACAUGAAGGAGACCAUCUUUGAACUGGAGGACGAGGUGGAGCAGCACCGAGCUCUCAAACUCCACGACAACCUCAUCAUCACGGACCUCGAGAAUUCGGUAAAGAAGCUGCAGGACCAGAAGCACGACAUGGAGAGAGAGAUUAAGAUUCUUCACCGCAAACUGAGGGAGGAGUCGAUGGAGUGGCGUCAGUUCCAGGCUGAUCUGCAGACGGCUGUCGUCAUUGCUAAUGACAUCAAGUCCGAAGCGCAGGAGGAGAUCGGAGACCUGCGGCGCCGGCUGCUGGAAAACCAGGACAAGAACGAGAAGCUGUGCAAGGAGCUGGACGAGGUCAAGACCCGCAAGCAGGACGAGGAGAGAGGCCGAGUGUAUAACUACAUGAAUGCGGUGGAGAGGGACCUGGCUGCUCUCAGACAGGGGAUGGGUCUCAGCCGGCGAUCGUCCACCUCCUCAGAGCCCUCGCCCACCGUCAAAACACUCAUCAAGAGCUUCGACAGUGCCUCACAAGGUCCACCUUCCAAUGGGAGCGCCCCGGCGACGCCAACAGCCACGGCCGCUCCGAUACCACGCACCCCCCUCAGUCCCAGUCCCAUGAAGACGCCCCCAGCAGCUGCUGUUUCCCCCAUACAGAGACACUCCAUAAGUGGCUCCAUGUCAGCAGCCAAGCCGCUCUCCUCCCUGAGUGAUAAGAGGCCCAGCUACACGGACAUCACCAUGCCAGCGGAGCACCUUCUCAGGGGAACCUCGGCUAGCCGGCCUCCGUCUGUCCACCAGAGGGUCCCCAACAUGGACUCCACCAAGACAAUAUCAGUGUCCCGCCGGAGCAGUGAGGAGAUAAAGAGGGACAUGUCUGCUCCAGAUUCCUCCUCAACCUCCCUGAUGGCUAUGAGUGCUGCCUCCUCCCCGCUCUCCCUGUCCUCCUCCUCCCCCACCGCCUCCAUCACCCCCACAGCACGCAGCCGCCUAAGAGAAGAGAGAAAGGACCCGCUGUCAGCACUGGCCAGAGAGUAUGGAGGCUCCAAGAGAAAUGCUCUGCUGAAGUGGUGCCAGAAGAAGACUGAGGGUUAUCAGAACAUUGACAUCACGAACUUCAGCAGCAGCUGGAAUGAUGGCCUGGCCUUCUGCGCUGUGCUCCACACCUACCUGCCCGCACACAUUCCCUACCAGGAGCUCACCAGCCAGGAGAAGAAGAGAAACUUCACCUUAGCUUUCCAGGCUGCAGAGAGUGUGGGCAUCAAAUGCACUUUGGACAUAAAUGAGAUGGUGCACACAGAGAGGCCGGACUGGCAAAGUGUCAUGACUUAUGUCACAGCCAUAUACAAGUACUUUGAGACCUGACUCCGCCAUCUCACCCACCCUGCUCCUGCAGCACAAUCGGAGCCACGCCAGCCCUCCUGAGCUCUCAGCAGCCUCUCGGACCCACGAACGACUGCUAUACCUCCCCCCCCCCCACCACCACCACAAAACACCCAGUCACGCUGCAUGUCCUCAGUAUUAAGCAGCAUUAAACCUGAACCUCACUGGACUCGCACACAGAUGCUACAUCCUUCCAAUGCAGCGUAGCGGGCGCUUUGUGUUGCCUGUUUGUCUACUGUUACACUAGUAAGCCAUGAGAAGUAACUCUGGUCAACCAAGUAUGAACUGACCUGCGAUCAUCUCUUCCUUUGGUUCACGCCUGAAGGAGCUGCAUGAGAAACGUCUCAGUGCCUUCUACCUGGCUUUUCUUGGCAGAUAAUAUUCCUUCACCUAGUUUUACCUAGUUUCCAGGGGAAUUCCUGCAAAAUCUGACCGUUUUUUUUUUUUUCUUUUCUUGGUUGUGAAUAAUUUGCAGAAAACAUCAGCUUCUACAGAAUAACAAACCACAAGUCAGAGAUCUUGGAAUUCCCCGGACAACCCUGAAAAUACAAAAGACAGACGCAGCCUUUUUGCACCAAGUCUUCCAGACGUGACGGUUCGAUACAGGUGCCUCUCUCUUUCCAUGGAUAAAAGUGCCUGUGAGAGUUAUGAUGCAGGAGACCAGGAUAUGAGCUCUCUCUCUCCCUCUAUGUGCCAAUCCUCCACAGAGGCCGGCAGUGACUUUUCACUACAGUUUGUGAAGCUGAAGAUUUCGGGAGUUGUUGCCAAAUAUGUUUCCCAGCCUUGUGAUUGUCGAUUUCUGAUGCUGCAGACAGCUGCUACAUCAGCAUCGGGUCGAGACUGACAGAAAUAUGCCAUGUUCUACAACACUACUACACACUAAGCAGCACUAACGCACUCGUAUGAUGCUUGUUGUACACCGGUGCGUAUAAACACUAAUGAGUGUUUGCAUUUUGUAGGCCUGCAUUUGCCGUCUUAGACUUCUUUCAUUAGGCACAUACAUGCACACGGCAUCAUUUCAUCGUAAACCAAAAUAUGAGUGAGUAGUAUUUAGUCUUUAGAUAAAAUGUGUGUUUGACAUUUAAGUUGUGUUUAGAUCAGAGGGCCUUAAACUUCAGAGUCUAAUUAGAAGAAUAGACUCAAUGCGGCGCUGCAUUAAAGGAAUAGUUCAACUUAUUGGGAAAUACACGUAUUCACUUUCUUGCAGAGCGUCAGAGGAGAAGAUUGAUUCAACUCUCAGGUUCCUGUACGGUUAAUCUGAAGCUAGGACAAGGAGCUGGUUAGCUUAGCCUAGCAUUAAAAAAAGCUCACUAAUAGACAUGCUAUCUCUUAAUUGUCUCUUUAGUCCUCGAGUCUGCUUAGAGGUGCUCGUUGGCAGACUUUGUUCUAGCUGUUUCCCCUCUGUUCCCAGUCUUAAUGCUAAGCUAAUCCCCUGCUGGCUCUAGCUUCAUAUUCAACGCACAGACAUGAGUGGUAUCUUCUCAUCUUUCACCCGGCAAGACGGCAAACAAUUGUACUUUCUAAAAUCAUCUAUCAUCAUUUCUAGCUCAAAAUAUGCAGAAGUAAUUGGACAUUUCAUUGCGCCUUUGACUUCGGUUGUGUGUGAAUACUGAUGCGGUGUUAGACAGGUCGUUUUUGAAAUUCCUAGUAUGACUUACAGUUACUAUAGAGAUACUUCGCAGCACACAAUGUCAUACAGUUUGUGCGAUUUCAGUCGGCAACAUUAAUGUUGUGCAUAUCGCUUUAAGUCCCCUUAUUUAGUAUUUACAAGCUAUAUACGAACAUGUAAUCAUUGAUUUAAGAGCUUUAAGGACAUUUUAAAUGUUUAAUAAUGUAGUUUGUCAGCAGUAAUAACUUCUCCAAUAAGACUUAUUUAUAUCAUUACAACUGUGUUUCACUAUAUUGUCAUUAUUUAUCUGUUAAUAUCCUACACUUAUGGGUGUCCACGGGAGGAAUUAUAGUUGUGGACAAAUACAUUAAUAAACACUUAAAUAUGCUUACAGCUACAUUUUAUGUAAAUUAUAAGCCUUUUAUUAAAUGUGUAUAUAUAUACUGCUUUGAAAUGCUAAAUAGGGGGAUUUAAACUAAAGUGCCACCAUGUUGCGCUGUGUGUUUAUCGGGCCUCGACAUACCAAGUUCACUGUAUUUAUUUUGCAUGGUUACCAAUUGUUGUAGUGAGGUCAUUGCUUUAUGUGUGUGUCUGGAGUGUCAAUGAAUUUACUUCACAUACAGUACGUAGCUGCACUGAGAUACGCUUUUUUUAUUCCGCACUAAUUUCCUGCCUUAACCAGUUCAGCCGAGGCUUCUGCGAGUGAAACUGACAUUUCAAACCGCGGUGAUCUUUGCUCACCAGGCAUUGUGUCGCAGCGUGGAAACAGUCACUGAAACAAGGUCCUUCUUGUUUGAGCCCCUUGAGGAACACUUACUAGUGAGUGAUGGUCAUCAGCCGUGUCUGGUGGAUUUGGACCAGAUUAGGCUGCCAGCUGGCAUCAAUAGCAACAUCAGAUACGACAUCUUUGUCUCGAUUUAGAAGCACAUCCUGCCAAGCUGCAUCAACAGUGUGUACAGCUGCAUUAGACAUUCAGUGGUUUAACGUUCGCACAAGGGCCUGCAACAAUGACAGUUUUCUUUAUUUUCUUUGUGUGUGUGUGUGUGUGUGUGUGUGUGUGUGUGUGUGUGU